CUUGUUUCCCCGGUUACCUCCGGCAGCGGCCAGCCGGGCCCCUGUGUGUUGUUGUGCUGGCAACUCGGAAGCGGAGGGAGGCUGCUGGGCUCGAGGAAUGGUGAUGGCGGCCGCCGAGGAAGGGGAUGCGGCGGCGGAGCGGGGCCCGGGCGCGGCUUAUCACAUGUUCGUCAUGAUGGAGGAUUUGCUGGAGAAGCUGAAGUUGCUCAACUACGAGGAGGAGGCGGCGCUGCGGAGCCACAACAUGAGGCCGCCUUCCAGGCACUACUUUGCAUUGCCUAUUAACCCUGGUGAGCAGUUUUAUAUGUUCUGCACCCUUGCCGCCUGGCUGAUUAAUAAAGCAGGACAUCCUUUUGAACAACCACAAGAAUAUGACGAUCCAAAUGCAACAAUAUCCAGCAUACUUUCAGAGCUGCGUUCAUUUGGAAGAUCUGUGGAUUUUCCUCCCUCAAAGUUAAAGGCGGGUUAUGGAGAACAAGCAUGCUAUGUUCUUGACUGUUUAGCAGAAGAAGCCUUGAAAUACACGUCCUUUGCCUGGAAAAGGCCCAUGUAUCCAACAGAGGAGGUAGAAGAAGAAGCAAUAACAGAAGAUGAUGCUGAACUGACUCUUAAUAAAGUGGAAGAAAUAUUUGCGGAAGAAGAGACAGACAAUGAGGAAAACUACAUUGAUCUGAAUGUCUUAAAGGCACAAACUUACAAAUCAGACAUGAUUGAAUCAAAGCAAGAAGAGAUUUUAGAAUCUACAGUAGAUGCGGCUGAAUGGAACCUUGAAGUGGAACGAGUUCUUCCCCAGUUGAAAGUUACAAUCAGAACUGAUAACAAGGAUUGGCGAAUUCAUGUAGAUCAAAUGCAUCAGCACCAAGAUGGAAUUGAAUCUGCUUUAAAAGAUACCAGGGGAUAUCUCGACAAACUCCAUAAUGAAAUCAGCAAAACUCUGGAAAAGGUUAGCAGUCGAGAAAAGUACAUCAACAACCAACUGGAGCAUUUGGUUCAAGAGUAUCGUUCUGCACAGGCACUUCUGAGUGAGGCCAAAGAGAAAUACAAGCAAGGAAGUGGAGGUGUGACAGAGAGGACUAGAAUUUUGUCAGAGAUUACUGAAGAAUUAGAGAAGGUAAAGCAAGAAAUGGAAGAAAAGGGAAGCAGUAUGACUGAUGGAGCUCCUUUAGUAAAGAUUAAACAAGCUUUAACCAAACUGAAGCAAGAAACCAUUCAGAUGGACAUACGAAUUGGCGUAGUGGAACACACGUUACUUCAGUCAAAGCUGAAAGAAAAAUCAAAUAUGACUAGAGAUAUGCAUGCUACUAUAAUUCCAGAUUCUUCCAUCGUUGGUACCUAUUAAAUUUGCUGGAUGCAGUUAUUUUCUACACAAAUCAAAUUUUGUAUUUAAUAUAUUUUUACAUUAUGUUUGUCGUGUUACAGAACUGUUAACUCUGCUUGUAUAAAUGCAGUAAUGUUACAUUUUCUGUCCAAUAUGAUUUAUUACAUACCUUUUUGUAAAAUAAAAAUGUACAUUAAUAAAAUAUAAUUAACCUUUCUGGUAUGUUAAAUGAAAGGUUUGGAAUGAAUGUGGAAGAAGACCAAAGGUUUGAUGCAAAGGCUUCUUGCUAGUUAGAUGUUUUUUGGCGCUGUGAAAUCCAGCAGAGCCUUGGGACUGCAUCCGGUGCUACAGUUGGCUCCAGUGUAGUCUGCUUUACGCAGACUACUGAACCGUCUUCAGUGCUAUGAGGCUAAUGUGCUUAUUAGGGCAAAGAGAUGUAACUGCUAUCGCAUACUUCAACAUUAGCCUUCUCUCUGUAUUCUUAAAUUAGUAGAUCAUUUGUCAAGGAUUGUAGAGAGUGUAGUUGAGUGUGGUCUGUUGCAUUGGAGUAGACCUAAAGGAGAACUGAGGAAUAUGUAGCUUGUUUCUUUUGAGUGUGCAGAAUUGGUGUGAUGGCCAGUGGAGGAGAUGAUUGGAUGACAAGGGUAUUUAAGCCAAUGGGACCUGAAGAGGAAGCUCUUUGGACACGAGAGGUUUGGGGGACAAAUGGUGACAUGUGGGAAGAUGCUAUCAAAAACUGAAGUUAAUCUUCAGUCCUGUGAAGAGAGAGGUUGAGCCAGCUUCUGAAUCAAGUUGGUGCUGGUGAAGGAAUUUGUGUUUGUAAGACAUGUCAGACUGGCACAUGCCAAUUAUGAAGGUUCUUUGCUUUAAGAGUAACACUGCUUGUAAUACUACGAUCUCCCCAACCAAAGUAUAAUUAGCUUAAGGGGAAGAUGGGAUCCAGACACAUUAUCUACCAGAUGGAAGGUUGCCCCUACAGCAGACCUGAGUUGAAUACUUGUCUUUAGAAUACAGGUCCAUUAUCAUCCAUUGCUGAAAACAGCUGCAAAUAUUUUUUUCCAGGUGAUAACAUUCAUUAUUGGUUACUUGCAAACCUAAAUUUUAUUAGUUCUUUAAAAACUAAAGUGGAAUGUAUCUAUGAAAACUGCCUACUAUUCAUAUUUUAGUGGAUAAGGCAGACAUUCUGCACUGAGAUCAAUACAAGCUGAGUGUUCUUCAUUACUGCAGAUGACAUUUUCCCUGGUUUAGCCUAAAGCUACUUUCCAGUCAAGACACAAAUAACCUACAUGCUUAACAAUGCUAUCCUGUCCGUGUCUACUCUGAGGUAAACCCCACUGAGACUUAAUUCCUGGAAGUAAGUAUUUCCUGUAUAAAAUGAAUAACACCCCCUAUUCAAAUUCAUCAUUGUUCACAGCCCAAUGCUAAGCAUAUGUACUUAAAAAUAAUUCCCAUUGAAUACAGUGGCACACCUAAGUUAGGAGCAUAUAUGAUUGUACAUCUGUCAUAAAUCCCACAGUGUCAGAAAAUAUCCCCCAAAGAAUUAUUCUAAUGGAUGGUUCUCUUUGUAAUAUCCUCAUUUCCUGAAGCUCACGAUGUCAGAGGAGUUACAAUGUGAAGUAGGAUGUUGCUAUGAUAUUCCCAGAGGUCUUGUCUUCUCCAGGUUGGCUGUGUUGGCCUAAAAGGGAAUAAAUUGGUUCCCUGAGACACAGGAGCUUAUGAUACUGAGUGCACACUUCUGAGCGACUUCUGGUCCAGCAGGCAGAUACUUAUGUAUAUGACUCUGUGCAAUACACUGGAUAGCCCCUACAAGUCUGCUGGUUUGCUACCUUCAUAGCUAUCUUUAAUAGCUAUCUUUCCACGGGAUUGGAAUUUUACUAGGAAGUGGGGAAGGGUCAAUUCUUGGAUUCUCCUGCCCUGUUGUUAAGCUUGCCUAGGUGCUUAAUUAGCCUGUCUGAUUAAUUUCUUUAUAACCUUAAAGCUUUGUCAUUGCUGUGCUUGUAGAUAUAUUCUCCCAUGCUACCAGCAAUUGCCCUGUCAGAAUAAUUCCUUGGAGCAAUGGGCAAGCUGGUAAGCAAGAGAGCCAUUGGGCUUGUUCCAGUUGCAUGCUCUUUUCUUCCCCCACCCAUAGGCCGAUUAUUAUGAACUGCACUGGAAGCAGGAUCCUGAUUAGUUUUCACUUGUUAAUAUUUUGCAUGGCUUUAUUAAUACAUGUUGAUGUAUUUAUAAGCACCCUUGGAAAGAUUUGGAUCUUGAAAGGCUUGAUAUAAAUAAUGACUUAAUAAGAAAUGGAAGGAAGGAAAUAGCUUUGGUGUAAUUGCAGAAAACAUUAAUGAUUUCACUAAUUUGGUUGACAUCCUUGCGACAUAAAAGUUUCAGAAUUGGUAAAGAAAAGUGAAGAUGUAGAUACUCAGAAAAAAGAAACCCCAGACUGACUUUCUCAGGCAAUGGAAACUUGUUCCUUGUGCAACAGAGAGGUGUGUUGCACUGUAAGGAAUGUCUGAACCACAUAGUUAUUAGUCAUUCAUAAUUUUAUUUCCUUAUUCCUAUGGGGUUUCCCCCAUGACUCAUUCUGCCUUUUUGCUUGUUGUAUACCAUGAGGCUUCUGGGAAAACUGACAUCACCCAACUGUUAUUGCUAUUCUUAGGUUCUUAGAGCUGGAGUGCUCCUUGAAAAAUGAUACAGACUAACUGAUGCAAAAAUGCAGCAAGCCUUUUGUUCAUGCCAGGCCUAAAAGAUAUGGUCCCCAAUAAAAGCAGUCCCGUGCUUGGGUCACAUCUCCCUCUCAGCCCAUCCUCCUGAAAAUUUUGCCUCUGGCCUGCAGUGCUGCAUUCUUUGGGGCAAUCCCCAGAAUAAGAGGUUGUCAAAUGAAGAUAUGAAGCUGCCUUAAAAUGGUUAAGAUCAUUGCUCAGUGAAGUUCAAAGUAGGUCAACAACAAGAAGUCUGAAUUCACAUGGUCAUAAUUAUGCUCAUUUAUUGCAUGGAAUGAUUUCCCAUUCAGUGACAGAUUGUGCUUUUGCUUGAUGAGGAGUCUCCUAUGUGAAGGUAUUUCUUACAAUAAAAUAAUUGUGUGGAACUGCAGGGCCUUUCUUCCUAUCCUUGCUAACUGUGUGAUUAAUGGCUGCGGGUUUUGAUUAUUGUAGCACUGACAUUCACUCUUCAGAACAGAGCCAAACGGUUGAUCUGAUGAAACACAGUUGGUGUUUCAGUCUUAGUGUUAGGCUGUGUGAGGCAGCCCACUUUAGGCAUCUGAUUUUGGAAACAAAGAGCAGCAAAUUCCCAGGUGUGUCUUACAUUUUCAUCCACGUGGGAGGUGCUAUUUUGAUUCUUCUGAUCCUGCUUCAAAAUGCCAUUGUGGAGCACAGUGGGGCCACACAUAAUAAUGUUAAUCUGUCAGUUUCAUGUGUGAUGCUUGGUAAACCAUUUACCCAUUUGUGCUUCAUUUUCCCAUUGCUUUGUAUUAAAAUGUCUGCGAAAUAAAGCACAUAAUAUGCUAAGUAAUUGAAUUAAUUUCAAGAAUUAAUUUUCAAACCUCCUCCUGCUGCCUACGUAAAUCCUCCCACCUUUAUUAUACACACUUGUUCAUCAUGUUCGCUCAUGAGCUCCAUUGUUGUAUGAGCUUAAUGUUGUUGCCGCACAUCUGCAUUGAAUGUGACUGUAUUUCACUGCCAAAAUGAGCAUUAUUAAUGAAGAGUUUUUGGAAUCAUUUGACAAUAAAGAGUUCCUUGUAA